AUGGCAACUUUAGUCCAGCUACUGGUCUUCGCAUGUCUUCUUCUAGCAGUAUCGUGUGAUUUCUGUUACGACGAUCUCGGCUGCUUCGAUACGUCGUUGAAAUGCCAUGAUCGGAAAGCAAACACACCAGCCGAAAUCAAGACCAGUUUCAAGGUCUAUACUCGACAGAACCGAGGGAACGGUGAUUCACUGAACCGCAAUGACCUCGCUUCGAUCACCGCAUCCAGAGCUAAUACUCGCGUGGUCGGCAGGGAGAUCGCUAAGCUCAUUGAGGAUCUCAACGCUGCUACCGGUGCUGGCUUCGGCUCCAUGCACAUCAUUGGUCACAGCCUGGGCGCUCACAUCGGUGGUUACGCUGGAGAGGCAUGUUCGGGCACCGUUGGCCGAGUAACAGGAUUGGAUCCCGCAGGUCCAGACUUCGCUGGUGAUCUUGAUAAGUCCUGUCGUCUGGAUAAAACAGACGCCCGCUUUGUCGAUGUCAUGCACACAGACGGUGAAAUCCUGAUAGGCGGCGGGCUUGGACUAAUGGAUGAGCUUGGACAUCAGGACUUCUAUCCCAAUAACGGUCAAGAAAUGCCUGGUUGUGGAGGAAUCUCACCAACUUGUGAUCACAGCAAGGCCGUCGAAUACUUUAUCUCCAGCAUCUCAUCAAGUUGUUCAUUCACCGCUACGAAGAAGGGUUCGACCUGGGACGACCUCAAAACGGUCCCUGGACAUCGUGCACGAGCUCCACCUGCCCUCAGAUGGGGUACAAGGCGGACCUUAGCAAGGGGCAGGGGGCAUUCUAUCUUGAGACCAACGCGAAUAGUCCAUACUGCCAGUAAAAUGCCUAACUAUAGAUACAACGUCAUGCCAAGAAAAGCACAGCGAUUAGCUCCUUAUAAUCUUAUCGAUAUUAAGAUGAAAAAUAAUUAUGUAACACUUAUGAAUCUCUGUUAGAUAUUUUUUCUAAAUUAUGUAGACUAGUUGACUGCACAAACGCGAAUUCCCACUUUAAGAUCUACAUUAAGAAGAUUUUUAACGUUCCAAAUACAUCAAGACGAAGUGAUAAUAGAUGCUAUUAAAUUGAAUGUACUUUAAGAAUAUUAAAACCUAAUUAGUUUUGAAGACUCUCUUUGCUUUGACCAGGGAGCUUUGACUUUUUACGGCUCCCUACUUAGACUGCAUAAAAUGGCUAACAUUAUGUUUAAUUUCUGUUGGCAAUGUCCUACCAUGGAGCCCUCUAAGUUCUUUGGUGUUAUCAAGGGAAAUGUUUGGUUCAACCAGGGUGAUGUGGCAUUUUUACAGCUCCUUCGAUCUUUAGUGUAAACCGUUCCAUGUGAACUUUUAAAUCUAAAUUGAUUUCCCAGUUGUUGGAUGUACACACUGUUAGAUGACGUAAUCAAUCGCUCAAUAAAAAGCAUGACAAGCAUGA